AUGGGCAAGCUAGUUGCCACUUCUCAGUACUUGGCUGAUGCCUCAUUAAAUUCUGCCAGAUUUUGCUACAAUCACCAGCACUACCAGUAUAGAGCCUACCAUUCGGCCUAUCCGCAGCUCCUAGAGUUUUUACAAAGAAACUACGCAUCAGUGCUUCCAGGCAGAAGGUUCGAGUUCCGCAGUCGGCGUCGAACUCCCUUCGAUGGUGGCUUCUCCGGCACUGGCACGGGGCACAGAGUCAAGGAAUCAGCCAGAACUGUCCUCACCACAGAUGCCAGCCCAUUCGGCUGGGGAGCACACCUCCAGUUGCAAUGGGCUCAGGGUCGGUGGUCCCAACAGGACCUAUUAAACAAUAUCAACUGGCUGGAACUCAGGUCCAUUCAUCUGGCACUACAACAUUUCAAAAAUGUGAUAGCGGGUCAGCACGUAUUAGUGCUUACAGACAACAUAGCUGCCAAGGCCCACCCACGAUCUGCAGGAUUUUACAUGAGCGGGCGGAAGUUCUCCUGGUCACUCCUCAUUGGCCAUGACGACCAUGGUUCGCGGACCUGGUGGAACUAUCCGUCUCACCCCCAUGGAGGAUUCCGGCAGGUCAUACUCGGACCCGCAGUGGCUCAAUCUAACCGUUUGGCACUUGAAAGGCAGGCCUUGAGCCAUGACUCAUAUUCAUCGAGGGUGAUAGCUGUGAUUCAACAAUCCAGGCACGCCUUGAUGAACAGAAUAUAUAAUGCCACUUGGAAGAGUUUCUGCAAUUGGUGCGCAGGACAUAAGGUGGAACUCUCGGGUGUCUCGGUUCCUAUUGUGCUGGAAUUCCUGAUGGAUGGGUUAGAUAAAGGGCUAUCCCCAAGCACAAUCCAUAGACAGGUUGCUGCUCUCGCUACUGUCCUCAUGUGCGAAAAUGCCACCCCUCUGACUCACCAUCCCUUGGUUCGUUCCUCCUUGAAGGGAGCUAACAAUGCCAAGCCACCACCAGUUCACCGAUACCCCUUACAGGUCUUACAAGCUCUGAUUGCACCCCCUUUGAACCUAUGGAGACUUGAUUUGUUAUCAAUGAAGCUUCACUAUUUUCUGAGGACCAUCUCAUUUAACAAUAGUGCUGGAGACACCAUAUCUUUUGAUGAGAAUAGUGAAUUGGUAGCUGGGUUUGAUGUUAUCAACUGGAUCACUUUCCCAAACAAAUCCUUUCUUCGUAUGAAAGUUGGAUACCUGGAUCCACAAGCUUUAAGUGGUUAUCAAUUAACUGUUCAUGAAGAGACCAUUAUAUGGCAUAGUUCAUUUAAUCAGAUCCUUCCUGUUGCUCUGUGUAAUGAGAAAUGCCAUCCAGGUUACAGACAAAAAAAGAAAGAAGGAGAACCAUUCUGCUGCUACUAUUGUGUUCCCUGUCCAGAUGGGAAGAUUUCAAACCAGAAGGACAUGGACAACUGUUUCAAGUGCCCAGAAGAUCAAUUUCCAAAUAAGAGCAAAAAUCACUGUAUUGUCAAGAGAUUACGUUUUCUCUCUUUCCUGCAUCCUUUGGGGAUUAGUUUAACAUUUUUGGUGCUCUUUUUUCCUCUGCUCACAAUUCUGAUACUAGGAAUAUUUAUCAAGAACCAAAACACUCCCAUUGUCAAAGCCAACAACAGGGACCUCACCUACUGUCUGCUCAUUUCCUUACUGCUUUGUUUUCUCUGCUCCUUAUUAUUUAUUGGCCAGCCACAAAGAGUGACUUGCUAUUUACGACAAAUUACUUUUGGUAUCACCUUCACAGUGGCUGUUUCUUGUAUAUUAGCAAAAACAAUAACUGUAGUUGUAGCUUUUAUGGCCAUCAAGCCAGGAUCUAGGAUGAGGAAAUGGGUUGGGAAAAGAUUGACCACUCUCAUCCUAUUUGGUUGCUCUUUCAUUCAGACUAGUAUUUGUGCUGUAUGGCUAUGUGUAGAUCCUCCUUUCCUAGAGUUUGAUAUGUAUUCCCUCCCUGGAGCAAUUCUAGUGCAAUGCAAUGAAGGAUCACUUGGUAUGUUUUAUUAUGUCCUUGGUUACUUGGGAUUUUUGGCUAUUGUCAGCUUCACUGUGGCUUUCCUAGCUAGAAAGUUGCCAGAUAGUUUCAAUGAAGCCAAGUUCAUUACUUUCAGCAUGCUGGUCUUCUGCAGUGUUUGGCUGUCCUUCAUUCCUUCAUAUCAGAGCACUAAUGGAGAAUAUAUGGUGGCUGUGGAGAUCUUCUCUAUCUUAGCAUCUGGUGCUGGAUUAUUAAGCUGUAUCUUUUUCCCUAAGUGUUACAUCAUUAUCCUAAAACCUAAACUGAACAUCAAGGAACAGUUGAUAAAGAGAAACACUUAA